AUGCGUCCCCUAAAUCUGCAGCUACGACCUAGCCUCAGGCUCUGGCGGAACAACCUUGUUUUGACAUCAGCAAGAGCAACAACUUCACCAGUGACGGCAAACAAACCCCACCAGACUCGUGCACUGGGACACUCUAGUCAAAAACAUCAUUACCUUUUCAGAAACUCGAGGGCAAAACUAUACUGCCCAAGACGUUACUCUCUCCUCCAAACUCAAGCAACACGCCACUUCACCACCACCAUGAGCCUCUCCACACAAGAGCUCAAAGGCUACCUGGCCGACUCUCCACCCAGCGUCGUGCGCCUGGAGAUUGCCAAGCAUUUCGAUGCUCUAACUGAUAAGCAGAAACGUUAUGCACACUACAUUAGCAAAGCCUCCUUUGCCGGCAACCGCAUCGUGCUGAGGCAGGUCUCUCCCGAGUCGGAGCACAUAUAUGACUUCAUAAUCUCUCUCCAUAAGAGCUGCGACGGUGAUUGGAAGGCGUUGGCCAAGAAGGCUUCCGUGUCCGACGAGUCCGUCACGCAGUUCCUCGAGUAUGCAUCUCAGUUCCUCGGCAACAGCGGCAACUACAAGUCGUUUGGCGACUCCAAGUUCCUCCCCCGCUGCUCUGAGGCUGACGUGGCCGCCCUGGCCGCCACCUCGCCCGAUGCCGAGCGCCACUUCAAGGCUACGGCCGGUGCCAUCUUCUCGGCCGAUAAGCCGGGCUUGAUGCACCUUGGCUUCCCUGAUGAUGGUCACAUGACCACAUACUACCCGGACUCACCCCACAUCACCAAGGAAGAGAUUGCUGCCAUUUCCAAGUUCUCCGAGGAAAAGGGGCUGCUGCCUGAGAACAAUCGCGUGCGCAAGUCCAAGGACGGCAACGUUUUUGAGAUCCUCAUCGCCUCGGCCGUCACCCAGGUGCCCGCAGCAGGUGGUGACAUCGGCAAGGAGACCGAGUUUAAGGUCCAGUCCGGCCCGUUGGCCGACAAGACUAUCAAGCUUGUGUACGGCGACUAUGCGGCCGAGAUGGCCAAAAUAACCGAGUACUCGCGUAAAGCCGCUGAGAACGCCGAGAACGAGACACAGAGGAAGAUGCACGAGGCUUACGCCAAAUCAUUUGAGGAGGGUUCGCUGUUAUCUUUCAAGGACAGCCAACGCCAUUGGAUUCAUGACAAAGGUCCUAUGGUCGAAUGUAACAUUGGAUUUAUCGAGACAUAUAGAGAUCCUCACGGCGUUCGAGGAGAGUGGGAGGGCUUUGCCGCCAUGGUAAACAUGGAGCGGACGCGGGCGUUCGGUGCGCUGGUCGACGCUGCCCCGAGUCUUAUCCCCAUUCUGCCCUGGAGCAAGGACUUUGAGAAGGACAAGUUCCUCUCCCCUGACUUCACGUCUCUCGAGGUGUUGACGUUUUGCGGAUCUGGUAUCCCGGCGGGAAUCAACAUUCCAAACUACGACGACAUUCGCCAGUCCGAAGGUUUCAAGAACGUCAGUCUCGGGAACGUCAUGUCUGCCAAGGCACCCAACGAAAAGAUACCCUUCAUCGCGGACGAGGACCUCGCUCUGUACCAAAAGUACCGCGACGCCUCCUUCGAAGUCCAGGUCGGCCUGCACGAGCUCACUGGUCACGGCUGCGGCAAGCUGCUGCAGGAGACGGCGCCGGGCGAGUACAACUUUGACGUCAAGAACCCGCCCCUGAGCCCCAUCACCAACAAGCCCGUGACGAGCUGGUACAAGCCGGGCCAGACGUGGUCGUCGGUAUUUGGCGGGCUCGCCGGCGCCUACGAAGAGUGCCGCGCCGAGCUGGUCGCCAUGUACCUGGGCUGCGAGUUUCCCGUGCUCAAGAUCUUUGGCUUCGGCGACGGCUCCGUUGACAUGGCCGGCGAGGCCAGCGACGUCCUCUACGCCUCGUACCUGCAGAUGGCCCGCAUGGGUCUCGUCUCGGUCGAGUUCUGGGACCCCAAGAGCCAGAAGUGGGGUCAGCCGCAUUGCCAGGCCCGCUUCGCCAUCCUCCGGUGCUUCCUCGACGCCGGCGACGGCUUCUGCAAGCUGGAGGAGAUCAAGGACCCGGAGACCGGGGCGCUCAAGGACCUGGUCAUCCGCCUGGACCGCGAAAAGAUCCUGACCACGGGCCGCAAGGCCGUCGGCGACUUUUUGCAAAAGAUCCACAUCUACAAGUCUACGGCCGACGUCGAGACCGGAACAAAGUUCUUCAGCGACAUGACCAACGUCGGACUCGAGUACUGGGGCACAAAGGUCCGUGACGUCGUGCUGGAGCACAAGCAGCCGCGCAAGGUCUUUGUCCAGGCCAACACCUUCCUCGACGAGGCCACCGGCAAGGUCGAGUGCAAGGAGUACGAGCCCAGCCUGGAGGGUAUGGUGCAGUCUUGGGUCGACAGGGACGUUUAG